UGGAGACAGCGACUGGCUCCUGCCCCGAGUUCAGAUCAGCCGGAGCUUCUGCUGCUGCUGCCAUCCUUGGGGGAGAGGACACCCUGGACUGCUUGACAGCCGCCAAGUUUGAUGGGGGGAAAACUUCUGCAGGACCACCGUCACCUCCUCAACCGGGGAAAGGAGGAUGAGCUGGAUAUAUUUGGCUACAAGACUAAAGGGUGCCGGAGGGCCCUGUGCAUUGCUGGGUACGUCCUGUCCUGCGGAGUCCUCCUCCUCCUCUUCUACUGGAAGCCCGAGUGGGACGUGUGGGCCAACUGCGUGCCCUGCGACUUGGAGGAGGCCGAUGUCGUGCUCUUGCGGACAACGGAUGAGUUUCAGAAAUAUACCAGGAAGAAGGUGAUCCGCCUUGAUUUGCAGAGUGUCUUGGACAGUGAGAAGCUGGACCACCUCCUUUUUGGCGCAGACCAGGAUUCCGUCAUCAGUAGGGCCAUCAUGAAGCCUGGAAUGACGGUGAGAUACAUCCAUGUACAAAAAAUCCGUUACGUCUGGGACCUCACGGAAAAGCAGUUUGUGAGAGUCGGGUCGCUGGAGGACAGCAACACUUGCUACGAAAUCCAUCAAAAAUUUGGAGACGGGCUGACGAGGAAGGAGAAGGCGCUCAGGAGGUUGGUGUGCGGACCCAACGCCAUUGAAAUCGAAGUCCGCCCCAUCUGGAAAUUGCUCUUUAAAGAGAUCUUGAACCCUUUUUACAUAUUCCAAACCUUCACGCUGACCCUCUGGCUGGUCCAGGGAUACAUCGAGUACUCCGUUGCCAUCAUCAUCCUGUCCAUCAUCUCUAUCGCCCUCACGGUGUACGACCUCCGACAGCAAUCGAUGAAGUUGCACAACCUGGUGAAGGAGCACAACAAGGUGGAAGUCAUGGCCUGGACCAAGAACGAAGGGAGCUGCAAGGUGGAAUCCUGCCAGCUGGUCCCAGGAGAUGUCCUCCUCUUGGAAAGCCAGAAGUUUUCUCUGCCCUGCGAUGCCAUCCUGAUAGAAGGAAGCUGCGUGGUCAACGAGGGGAUGCUCACAGGCGAAAGCGUUCCCGUGACGAAGACCCCCUUGCCCCAAACGGACAACACCAAGCCCUGGAAAGUUCACAGCGUGGAAGACUACCGCCGACACGUCCUCUUCUGCGGCACAGAGGUCAUCCAGACCAAGCGAGCGGGAAAAGGCCCCGUCAGGGCCGUCGUGCUGCAGACAGGUUUCAACACGGCCAAGGGAGACCUGGUGAGGUCCAUCCUUUACCCAAAGCCCCUGAACUUCCGCCUCUACCGAGAGGCCUUCCGCUUCAUCGUGGGCUUGGCUCUCAUCGGCAUCCUGGGGCUGAUCUACACCAUCGGAGUGUACGUGAGCCGCAAGCAAUCUGUGUCGGACACGGUGACCAUGGCGCUCCUCCUCAUGACGGUCGCGGUCCCUCCUGCCAUUCCGGCCGCCUUGACCACCGGCAUCGUCUACGCCCAGAGGAGGCUGAAGAAGAAGAAGAUCUUCUGCAUCAGCCCCCAGAGGAUCAACAUCUGUGGGCAGAUCAACCUGGUGUGCUUCGACAAGACUGGCACGCUGACAGAGGAUGGCCUGGAUCUCUGGGGCGCCGUUCCCUGCCAAAAGAGGAGCUUCCAGGCCGUGCACAGCUUCUCCAGCGGCUGCCCUCUGCCGUGGGGGCCCAUCUGCAGAGCCAUGGCCACCUGCCACUCCCUGCUGGUCUUGGACGGGAAGAUCCAAGGGGAUCCACUGGACAUCAAGAUGUUUGAGGGCACCAACUGGAAAAUGGAGGAGUCCAGCCCAGACGAGAGCAAAGGCAGCGCGCAAGUGAGCCGCACCAUUGUGAAGCCGGACGCUAACGCCGUCCAGGUCCCCUUGGAAGGCAUCUUGAUCCUGCACCAGUUUCCCUUCUCCUCCUCUCUGAUGAGGAUGUCCGUCAUCACGCAAGAGAUUGGGAAGGACGUCUACGACCUCUACAUGAAGGGAGCCCCGGAGACGGUGGCCGGCUUCUGCAAAACCAACACCGUCCCAAAGAACUUCCACAAGGAGCUGAAGUGCUUCACAUCUCAAGGCUUCCGGGUCAUUGCGCUGGCUCACAAGGAGCUCAAUCUGAACAGGGGGGUCAACCUGGACAACUUGGAAAGAGACAAGCUGGAGUCUGGCCUGACCUUCUUGGGUCUCCUGGUCAUGGAGAAUCGGCUGAAGAUGGAGACCCUGGCUGUCCUGGAAGAACUCAGCUGUGCCCGCAUCCGCAGCGUCAUGGUCACAGGCGACAAUCUCCAGACAGCCAUCACAGUGGCCAAGAACUGUGGGAUGUUCUCCCUCGGCAGCAGAGUGAUCCUCGUAGAAGCCAGGGAGCCGGAGGGGUCCAAGCGGGCAUCCAUUACCUGGCAGCUGAUGGAGGAGGCUCACCGGGGCGUAACUCCUGACUUCCAGACUCCCGACAUCUCCAUUGACAUCUCUGACGCUAGUGGGAAAGACAGCGACUUCCACUUCGCCUUGAACGGGGAGACCUAUCACGUCCUCAUGCAACACUUCGGCAGUCUCCUGCCAAAGAUUCUUCUGAACGCAACAGUGUUUGCCAGGAUGUCUCCAGCGCAGAAGUCCAGCCUUGUGGAAGAAUUUCAGAAGCUAGACUACUACGUGGGGAUGUGUGGAGACGGAGCCAACGACUGUGGGGCCUUGAAGAUGGCUCACGCCGGGAUCUCCCUCUCCGAGCAAGAGGCCUCCGUGGCUUCACCCUUCACCUCCCAAAUCCCGAACAUCGAGUGUGUGCCGGAACUGAUCAGGGAAGGUCGUGCGGCCCUCGUGUCCUCCUUCUCGGUGGUUAAAUACCUGACCCUGUAUGGGAUGGGCCAGUUCAUCGGCACUGCUGUGCUGUAUUGGCAACUGCAGAUCUUUGGGAAUUUCCAGUACCUCCUUCAAGAUGUCGGCAUCACCCUAGUCGUGUGCCUAACAAUGAGUCUGACCCACGCCUACCCCAAGCUGGCCCCCUACCGACCCCCCGGGCGGCUCCUCUCCCCACCGCUCCUGCUCUCCAUCAUCCUCAACGUCCUCUUCACACUCACCGCCCAGGUCUUCGCCUUCCUGUACGUGAAGCAGCAGCCCUGGUACUCUGUCCUGCGCAGCCACAGGGGGUGCCCUACUGAAGACCACCCUGUGUCCGACCCUGGCAACGGGACGGCCAGCAACGCCACGGCCCCGGAGCACUCUAUCCUGAGCUAUGAGACCACCACCCUCUGGCCUCUGGUCACCGUCAACUGCAUCAUCGCAGCCUUUGUCUUCUCCAAGGGGAAACCCUUCCGGAAGCCCAUCUACACCAACUAUAUCUUCUCUGGCCUGCUGUGCGUCCAGCUGGGACUUUCCCUUUUCCUUUUCUUCGCUGACCUGGACCCCAUCUACAUACGGAUGGAGCUUCUCUGCACCCCAACCAUCUGGAGGGUUUAUGUGCUGCUGAUGCUGCUGGUUGCGUUCUCCGUCUCGUUCUUUGUGGAGGACGGCAUCCUGCAGAACCGCUGGCUCUGGCUUCGGAUCAAGGCCCUCUUCCGCUUCCGCUCCUCCAGCCAGUACCGGAAGCUGCAGCGGCAGCUGGAGGGGGAUUCCAAGUGGCCCCCCACCAGCCAGAAGGACUUUGCAGAAGAGCCCAAGGGUGGCGCUUACGUCAACCCCGUCUAUGACGAUGCGGGCGAGAACUAGCCGGCGGAGGCCGCAGGCUGGCCCAGGAGGACUUGCCCAAAGGGACACGUUUUGUGCGCAGAGAGACUGAUAGAAACCCACGGGAGAUCGUGUUCCUAGGAAGCCCCUCUGGCGGUGCGCACGGAGACUGCCUUUGCUUAUCCAGCUCAAGGAGGUUUGUCCCCUGCCGGGGGGGGGGGAAUUUUGCUGUUGGCUCUGCCUGAGUGGGGAAAUUUAGGACUUGGUCCCUGUGCCCACGCAAGGGAAGGAGGGAUCCCAGCCUCUUCCACGGGGACCAGGCUGCUGCAGCGGAAGGGACACGCGAGGGAACACCAUCCGCCUUGUGGAAAAUAAAGGCAACUCUGCAUAUUUGCUUUCCCAAAGAGAAUAAAGUGGUUUUUUUUUCUUUUA